ACUUGAUCUUAAUCUUAAUUUGUCAAAUGUUCUCAAAAUACCUCCAAUAUACCACUUGACAGAAAAAUGCAAGGACGAUUGUGGGUUCAACGGAUUGCACUUUUUCAAUACGUCCUUUAUAGACAUCCAGUUAGAACGCCUUUUAGAAAAGUUCAGUUGAUUGACGCACGUUUCUCCAGUCAGAACUUUUUCUGCAGGCUCUAUGUCUCCAAGUCUGAUCUUCCUCAAUCAAAUGUUAUUCAGCUUCACAAUAUCCUCAACUUGGUAACAGAUCAGACAGUAGAACUGCCAUUGACUAAAUACGCCGAAAUCUGCUCACUAGUAGAUGUUCAAGUUCUUAGCAAAGUUUUGCAUUUUCUAGCUAAUAAUGGACAACACAGUCAAUUAGACAUACUUUACCAAACCAUGAAGGAACAUGGUUACCACAUGGGUCAAGGUGUAAAUACUACACUUAUUCGUUCAUAUACAGCAAGAAAGAUGUGGAGGGAAGCCAUUGGUGUUUUGAAUGACAUGGAGGAGAACCAGCUUAUGAAACACACAAGGUCUUAUAAUCCUGUUAUUACCAGUCUGGCAGAACAAGGGCAUGCAUUAGAGGCCUUUCAUCUUCUUCAGAAGAAAAUCAAAAUGUAUCACCUUAUUGCUAACAAGAGAGAAAGUGUUAUGCGUGAUACAAAAAUGUUUGUAGCAAUGAUCCAUUGUUGUGUAAAUGAUAAGCCAUUGCAGAAACCACUGUUGAGAACUUUAACUAAUGAACAUGACUCAGAGGUUAAGGAAGUACGCUCACUGGUUUUACGGUUAUUUGAUUUCUUUCAUGAGAUUGGAAUAAAAAUCCCAUUUGAUAUCCUUGAAGCCUGUCAAAGGUGGUUUACUCGUGAUCCAAAACACUCUUGGAUAUGGAGGAACUGUGAUAUAAACAAAGAUGGAAAAUGUAACCUGUGUGGUGUACAGCUUGAAAAUACUUUACCAAAUGGAUACUUUAACAGCUUGGAAAAAGAAAUCAUUCAUAAACUAUCAGAUUUAAGUGAUGAUUUAAAAUGCGGUCAACACGAGAUUGAUGAGUUGAAAGAUGUACACAAUAUUUGUGUGACAAAGGGCCCAUUUGAUGUGAUAAUUGAUGGACAGAACCUUGGGCUUGAGGGAAAAGAGAAAAAUGAGAAUUCUACAAAACUCUUUGGAAAAAGACUUGUUCAAGUUGUUUGUCAUAUUUCUAAACAAGGAAAAAAGAUUUUCCUCCCUCUACAUCACAAAGCCCUGGAAAAUGAUAUUUCUGAAAAAAUGCUCCAAGUACUAAGAAAGCACUGUGAAAUCUGGUUCAUAAAGUCAAAUAUCGAUGAUGAUCUUUUGCUAUUAUAUGCUGCAGCUUCAAAUGGGAUGAAUAACAGCAAGACAAGUAUAGUUUCAAAUGAUAACUGGAGGGAUCACAGCCUAAUUCUUUCAAAUGAUAACAGAUUAAAACUUCUUAAGUGGGCAAGAUUGAAUCGCAUAAUGUUUGACCUUAGUGGCAAAAGCCAUUUUAGGUUUUUUAAAAAUUCAUUUGAUCCAGUAGUACAGAGAUCUGAAUAUGCCUGGCACUUUCCAGUCAUUAAUGGCAGCUGGAGGUGUGCCACAUUGAGUUAGUUACUACACUCGUAUACAGUUAGAUUAUUCUUUUAUGAUUGUUGUAAGAAAAAGAGCAGCCAUCUCUCAAUUCUCUUAAUUGUUUCAUGUCAAUUAUGAAUCCUCAUGUUAAAAUCCUAAAAUAGUAGAAACUUGCAAGUGAUUUUUUUUGUCUUGUGAGCAAAGCAAGGAUAACAUGCCAGGCAAGUUGCUGUUCAAAUCACACACAAGGGUGCAAUGGGGUCAGGUAUGGGUAAGGCGUGCAUAUAAGUGUGAGUCAUGAAAGACAAAUAAAUGAAUAUAAAUUAUAUCUCUAGGCUACACAAACAAAUAAGCCUGGAUGUUUAACCCACACAUUCAAAAUUUAAAAGUUGGUGCUGUAUUGAAAAUAUUGUGUAAAGUAUGAAAAGCUAUAUCAUUGUUAAUGUUGGGUCGUGCUUUCACCUAUACAUGUUACCUAGAGUCCACUAUUAUUACUAUUGUGAUCAAUCCAUACCAUCGCUGAUGUAUGUUGUUGGUAAUUAGGUGUCAGUUAAAUAACAAUGCAAUCAAAUGUGCUAGUUUGUGAUAGCUGAUGUAAGAGUGAGGUGUCAGUAAUGUACAUGUAUAUGAUCAUGAGGCAUAUCUCAAGUGAGAGAUUGGAAUCCUUAAGCAAUUAGCUUUUCCGAAUACACCACCACUUUCUUCAGGUCUUCUUAGUAUGCCUCUAGGAAUGGAGGAAUGUGAGCCAAUUAAAAGCAUUAAAUAUGAUGUAAUUACAAAGGCC